AUGUCACUCAUGUCUCGGCACGUAAACACUGGCAUCAUGCGCCAAAUGUUACGUGCCAUCUCUUCAACACCAGCUGUAACCACUACUGCUAUACACACUACCAACAGCUCAACAACAACAUCAAUCAAUUCCAAUUCGUUUCAAUCUCGCUCAUAUGCUGUUUCAAAAGGACCAAGGGCUCCGCUGCGAAAACCUCCACGAGCACCUCAACAAACACAAAGACUCGUCCCUUCCCAAUCCCAGCCCUACCCAGACAUCAAUAUUAAUGCGAUAUCAACUAUUAACCAAAUCCUCACCCCCGACGUCUUCGAGAAAGGCAUACAACAAUGGGGCAACCCAUUCAACACACUGACUCCAGAAGAAUACUACAAGUACGCAAUGAGUUAUCUCGAAGCUGUUGUUAAAGGAGAUUCACCUAAUAGUGCGAACCUCGCUGCUAUUGGAAUCUCACCGCAGACCGCCUAUGAGAUGGCCUGUCUAACAAUGCUUCACAGCUCAGUACACAUUGGAAACCUUGGAUACUCGCUCUUUGCAUCUGCCUCAGCGGCAAACUACAAUCCUGCCACCAUCAGCUUUGCAAGGACUUUGUUUCGUUUAGGCUACUGGGGCAGGAUACCGGAAUUCAAGCCUGCCGAGAACCGCUUCAUGAAGCUCGUGUACGAAGGAAAAGACUGCAACGCCCUUACCGUGUAUGGAGAGAAUCUUUUCAUGACUCGCAAGUACGCCGCGGCUGUGCCCAUACUAAACAAAGCCAUCAGCGUUGACGACGGCUUCUUCGAGUUCAAGAAAACGUGUUUGCUGUGUCUUGCAAAGUCGUAUGCACAUCUCGGAAAAACCAAGGAGGCAGAGGAUGUGCUCGAGCAGCUUGGGGAACCAGAUGCUUGGAUUGAGCUUGGUCCCUUGCUUGAUAGAGGAGGGUUCGAUGACAAGCGGCAGUGGCUGUACAGAAAAGGGUGUGAUGGAGAUUUGGAAGCGUUUCGGGAAUUAGCUGAGAUGGAUUUCGCCAAAGCUUCCAAGGAGACGGACAAGGCUUUGAAGCAUGAGUAUAAUCUCUGGGGGAUGGAGUGGUCGAGACUAGCCGAUUCCAGUGCCAGGAACUAG